CGUCCCGCGUCUGCGGAAGACGCGCGUGAGUGUCGCGCACUUCUGACGCGACGGUGUGUGAUUCCGUUCGACGCGCGUCUCAGCGGCGCGUCAAAUAACUCAAUGGCCGUGACUGAGAAACUGAUCCAGAGCGUUCACGCUUACCCGGUGCUUUAUAACGUGUCGCUGCACGACUAUCGCAGCGCGGAGCGGCGCGUCAGAGCGUGGAGGGAGGUCGCCGCGUCCGUCGGUCUCUCCGUGGUGGAGUGCAAGCGCAGAUGGAAGACCAUCAGGGACAGAUUCAUCCGAGAGCGGAGGCUGUGUCAGCUGCGGAGGGAAGAAGGAGGCCGGCGCCUGCAUUUCUGGCCGCACAGAGAGAGCCUGUCGUUUCUGGACGCUCACGUCAGGAAGAGGAAGCGUGCCGCUGAGCAGCUGGACGACUCUCUGGACGAGUGCAGCGGCGGAGACUCCAAGCGGUUAGAGUCGGAGCUCCAGCCGCUGACCGAGCUGCCUCCAGGACUGAAGCUGCCGCAGCCGGCCGUCACCAGCGAGCUCCACGGCAAGACGGAGAAACAGAAGAAGGAGGCCUUCGACGAGGACGAGCUGUUCCUCUUGAGCUACGUCCCUGCCCUCAAAAGACUGACGCCGCAGAAGAGAGCCACCGUCAAGAUGCAGAUCCAGCAGAUCAUGUUUGACGCAGAGUUCAAGGAGCAGCUCUGACUUCUGCAGCUCACUCCAGAGACCCUCAAACAUCCAAGACGCUCUCUUUCUGUGUCACCUCCGUUUAAAUGUGCUCUGUGCUGAAAUAAUCUGCUUUCGUUUAGUUAGUCAUCGCUGCAGAAGAGCCGUUUUGGAGAAUAUCACAUUGCAAGAAAAACU